CGGCCUUGGAUGCGAAGACGCUCGGAAGUGUCAUUCGUUAGUCAUUGGAAUCUGUCUAUCCUGGGCCUGCGACCAUGCCUCCCCGCAUUUUGUUACAGCCUUCUCUGAGGGCCAUCACUGGUCCUUCAUCCGUCCAGCUCCCCUUUGCCGCAUUGUCAUUGAACCCGACAAAAACUUCCGUGAGAGCCGGAUCUACCGAGACCCGGGAACGCAGGAGACAUGACCCUUUCUUAAUGGCGCAGUCGCGCCAGCGCAAGGCAGCCAAUAUCUCCCGUCAGAAAGCCCUCACCAAGGAGCGCGAAGGGUCUGUUGGAAGCCCUCUUGAUACGCAGCCAACGCCCUUCAUCCAGGAAAUUAGAAAGACGCAAUCCACUUUGCAGGAUAAAGACCUCAAUUACUUUGUUACGCCGGAUGGUCUCCAAGACGCGAUGGAAUACUCGAAGAACCUGACAUCGCCCCUCCGGAGCCAGGAUCGCGACACUGCUGACCCUCAGCUUGAGAAGGAAGCAGCUGAGAGACACCUUCAAGAACAUCGAAAUGCACAGGAAGCCAUCCUUCGAAUUGUCAGUGUUGCCAACGGUAACACUCAGGACCACAUGCGGCUGCACAUUCAAAAAUGCAUUGAGACCUUUGGCCGUCACAACACCGACAGGGUACUGCCUUCGAAGCCGACUGGCGUGCCGCACAAGUCAGCAACUGUUCACCUAGAGAAGACACCCCGUGUUGGUCCGGAUACUGGCUCUCCGGAAGUCCAGGUGGCCAUUCUCACGGCAAAGAUCAUGAACCUGUCUAGGCACCUCACGACGACCAAGAAGGAUAGGCACAACAAGCGCAAUCUGCGUAUACUUGUUCACAAGAGACAGAAGUUGCUUCGAUACCUUCGAAAGAAGGAGAGGGGUGGCCCUAGGUGGCAGAAUCUGAUGGAGACACUGGGUCUUUCGGAGGCUGCUUGGAAGGGGGAAAUCUCCAUGUAAAUCCGCUUGUUGGCGCUUGUAUUCUAUAUUUCUUAUUCUGUAUUUCCUCCGUUCAAGCUUAAUAUUGGCGUGUAACCUUACAUCAUUCGAACCUCUCUCGUAACAAAGGGCAGUGGCCAAUUCGCAUUUCAUCUGAUCCUGUCAGACCUGUGUCUUGGGGAGAUUUGCAGCACACAAG